AUGUCGAACGAUGCAAAAUUCAUGAAAGAUCUUCUGUCAAAGAAGCGCAAGUUGAAGGAGUGCGAAACAAUGGCCUUAACUGAAGAAUGCAGUGCAAUCAUCCAGAAGAAACUUCCUCCCAAGCUAAAAGAUCCGGGUAGCUUCAGCAUUCCUAUAGCCAUAAGAAAUAUCGAAGUAGGAAAAGCAUUAUGUGAUUUGGGAGCAAGAAUAAAUUUGAUGCCAUUUUCCAUAUGCAAGUCUCUCGAAAUCAGAGAGCUAAAACCAACUACAGUUUCUCUCCAAUUAGCUGACAGAUUGAUCAGACGACCUGAUGGGGUUAUAGAGGAUGUUUUAGUAAAAAUUGUCAAAUUUAUUUUUCCUGCAGUUUUUUUAAUCCUGAAUAUGGAGGAAGAUGCAGAGAUUCCUAUACUACUCGGAAGGCCCUUCCUAGCUACUGCAAGAGCAAUGAUCGAUGUGGAGCAAGGGAAGCUGAUGUUGAGGAUGAAUGAAGAGACAUUCACCAUUGAUGUCUUCGAGUCAAUGAAGCAUCCGUCUGAUGGAGGAGACUGUUUCAUGGAGAGUUCCCCGCUUGAGUUAGAGAAAAUCAACGAAGAAACUGAACUUGUUGAUAAAGAACAAGAACCAGUGGUGGAAGAGCUUGAGAAAAAGAAAGAUGACCUCCCUCUUGGAACACUAAAGGUGGAGCUUAAGGAGCCGCCUACAAAUUUGAAAUAUGCUUCCUUUGGUGACAAAAACACUUAUCCGGUCAUCAUCAACGUUGAAUUAACAACCAUGGAAGAAGACAAGCUUCUCAUGGUGUUGAAGAAAUACAAAGCGGCCAUAGGAUGGUCUUUCUCUUAUUUCAAAGGUAUAAAUCCUUCCUUUUGUACUCAUAAAAUUCUAAUUGAAAAUAAUGUUAAACCUGUUAGGCAGCCACAAAGGAGACUCAAUCAAACCAUGAAAAAGGUUGUGAGGAAAGAGGUACUUGUCACAGGAAACUCUUGUGUGAAGGUAGUCACACUAAACAGACCUCAAAAGCUAAAUAGCCUUAACCAUGAAAUGAUUUGUCAGCUCAAAAAGAAUUUAGAGUUGUGUGAGAAUGACUCUUCGGUCAAACUUGUGAUAUUGAAGGGUAACGGAAAAGCUUUUUGUGCUGGCGGUGAUGUUGUAUCAGUAAUUACGUCUGGACUUGCAGGACACUGGACCUAUCCUGCAAGCUUUUACAAGAAACAACUUAUUUUGGACCAUUUGAUUGCGUCCUACAAAAAGCCUACGGUCUCUCUCAUCAAUGGAGUAGUCAUGGGAGGAGGAGCAGGUCUGUCCAUGAAUACGAGAUUCAGGAUUGUGACUGAAAAAGCUGUAUUUGCAAUGCCAGAGGCAUCUAUAGGACUUUUUUCAGAUGUGGGUGCAAGCUACUUUCUUUCUAGGCUUCCUGGCUAUUUUGGGGAAUACUUGGGGCUGACUGGAGCUCGUCUGAAGGGAGCAGAAAUUGCAGAAUGUGGUUUAGCCACUCACUUUGUCACAUCCACGAAGCUAAAUUCACUGGAAAAUGCCCUAGAAGCUGUUACUUCUUCAAAUGUGUCAACAAUUGCCACAAUGAUAGAAACUUUCACAGAGAAAGCUAAUGCAAAGGAAGAAAGCUCCUUUAGAAGAUUGGAGACAAUAAACAAAUGUUUCUCAAAAGGGACGGUGGAGGAAAUAAUUCAAUCCUUGGAAAAUGAAUUAGAAAUUGGAGCAGAAUUGUGGAUCACAGAUGCAUUAAGCUACUUGCGUUCAUCUUGUCCAACGAGCCUCAAGAUUUUUCUUAAAUCAAUCAGAAAAGGCAGGGCACAAAACAUUGAACAAUGUCUUUACCGGGAUUACAACAUUGCUUGCCACUUCUUUAGAAGGACUAUUACCAACGAUUUCUAUGAGGGUUCAAGAGCAAAGUUGUUCGACAAAGACAACAAACCCAAGUGGGAGCCUUCAAAGCUAGAGCUCGUUAAUGAAGAAAUGGUGGAUCAAUACUUCAGAAAUGUCAACGACGAGGAAUGGGAGAGUCUGCAAUUUCCUGAUAGAUCACAUUCCCAGAUUGUAAGCAGGUUGUAG